AUGAUGAUGGGGACGAGAGCCGAGCAGGAGAUGAUGGAGGCGUCCUUGGUCGCUGAGGAUCCGUCCGAGUACGGACCAGAGUCGUCGCUCGAUGGCGGAUCGUCGUCAUCCCGCAGCCGGCGCCAGCAGCUGCAGCACUACGCAGAGCUGCUCGACCAGGCGCGGGCACAGGCGAUCGACAUGUGGAAGGAGCUCUCCAGAACCACACAGGUCAGCUCGUGGUGGUCUUGGGUCCCUCGUUUAUGGCCGUGGCGUGAUGGCAUGGCUGACCGACUGCACCCCAUCUCCCCAUCUCCCCGUCUGCGACGAUCCGGAUCCGAUCUUGGUUCCACAGAUCGCACUGGCCUCCACCUCAGCCUUGCUGCUGUUCACACUCUUCUACCAAGCACUGUUUCAUCAUCGUCCAGGGCCGUGUGCACCGCGGCUUCACUAUGCCGCAAAUGACAAAUGUCAUGUAUGCAGCCCGACCGACGACCUCUGCCAGAAGUGGGGCAGCCGUGUCCUGACCAGGGCCAGGGGCUACCAAGGCUCGGGCGAACAGAUGGCUCCCUUUCUUGAAAAGGUCCGUCGAAGCCAGGACGUACGCAUCGGCAUCAUCGGCGGCAGCAUAUCCGCCUGCAUCGACGCAGAACCCGGGAAGUGCUACCACGAGGUUUUAGGCAAGCAACUGCAGAAGGACUGGGGGGUCGAUGUAGAGGUACGUUCUUGCGAGUCUGCGUGACCUGGACCGCCCCCAGGCGUAGUGGCUCGGCGGACAAUGGGAAGUAUAUUGGUACUGACCUGGCAUGACCUUGCAGAUCGUCAACGGCGGUGUAUCAGCGGUCGGCAGCGACUUCUUCGCCUCGUGUUGGCAUAUGAGCUUCUCCCUGCCCAUCGAUCUCUUCAUCCUCGAGCUGGCCGUCAACGACGAGGCCCGAGGCAAGGAAAACAACGACUUUGAUGUGCUCGUGCGCACACUCUUGAGCCACAAAUGGAAACCCUCCCUCUUGGUCCUGAGCAUGUACUCCCCACUGCAUGCCUACACGAACGGCGCACCGAGCAUCGAGAAUGUUGCAGAAUACUACGAUCUUCCGGUCAUCUCGUAAGUGGCCAUCAGCGCAAUCCUCGUAUUUGCGUCUGGAUGGCUGAUAUAUUCCCCACUUUUAUAUAUGCUCAGUCACCGGAAUGUCGUAGUUCAGCAACGACACCUUCACCCUCGGAUCGAGGAGGUCCGCCCAUGGUUCUCACCGGGCGGCGAUUUCGAUCACCCGUCUUGGCCAGGAGGGCAUCACCCAGGCCCCCUGGGCCACGAACUCACCAGUGACCUGAUCGUGUCUUAUUUACGCGAGCAAGCGUGCCUGCCUCCCGUCUUUGUCCCUGGCACCUCAAAGCUCACCCUCCCAGCUUCCGUGCCGGGACAGAUCUCACCCGUGAGUCGCCUAAACCCGGACCGCCAUAGAGCUAAAAACGGUACUCAUUCUGAACCUCGCGACUGACGAGUCAACUCUUAAUCUUUCGUAGUGGUCGACAUACCAAGGGGCGGACGACCGACCUAUCGAACCGACGACCCAGCUCACAUGCUACAGCGCCGCGCCAGGGCCGAUGCAUUUCCCCAUCGCCGAGAAUCACGGUUUCGAACUGAGCCAUUGGAAGUCCAAGGAGUACCUCGUCGGAUACAACGCCGGCGAUUGGAUAGUGUUCAACAUCAAAGUAACGCAAGGGGUCGCGAGUAUCAUGUAUUGGCGCAGUUACGCGCUCAAAUUUGGCCGGGCACGGUUUUGGCUUGACGGGGAGAAGGAUCGGGCUGGCAUCAUUUGGGGUGAUUGGGGACUUCCGAUCAAUUCGCCUGUGUAAGCGGACUAAUUAGAUCACGGUGUUCCAUUGUGUGGUCCUGUACUGAUGACAGGACCCGGGUUGUGCAGUCGACACGACGUGCGUACCGAACGAAACGGCAAUCGGCAAAUGUUCGUGGAGAUCGAUGAAGAGAGCGGAACGGGGUCACAUGAAUUCCGGAUCUCCGCUGUCAUUGGCUAG